UUUUCUUUUUUCCUCCUACGGUUUUGCAGCGGCUUGGCUGCUUCCUGUCAAGAGCCACUCUGCCAAGGCCCCGUCUCUAGAGUCUCUCCCCCUCCCCUUUCUCUUUCUUUCCAACACUUGCUACAUUGAGAGGCUGAUCCUGUGCAGAAGCCCUCCCUGCCUCGGCAGCGCGGCGCAGUGAGCAUGCUCGGCCUCCUGCGGGAAGAGGAAGCGGCGGCAUAGGAGUCAUGCCAAGCAUAGCCCGCAUGUCAGCGCUGCCGGCUUGCAGCGGGCUGUGAGCGGGCCGGCGCCGCUUUGUCCUAGGAAACGGGCUGCGCGUUUCUCUUUUUCACUCUUUUCCAUUUCCAGGAAGGACUUGUAAGGACUUCUGAAACGCUGUUUUCAUACUUGAUCGGGGAUACAGUACAUACACCGUCUACCAGUAAGCCCUUGAAGGGUUUCGUGUGAGCUCGAUUUUUUUGUGCCUGAUUUUUUUUUUUUUUUAACUUUUGCAUACUUUGUUUUGGUAGUCUGAGGCUGGGCCUCUGCCUUUGUGAAGUUGAAGAGCCAGGAGCUACUCAGCAACAAUUGAUUUUUGAAACUUAACUCUUUUGGGGCAAAAGCAAAGAGCUGGUUUUCUUUGCUAGCCCAAUAAAUGCUAUUUAUGAAGAUGGACCUGUUGAACUAUCAGUACUUGGACAAGAUGAACAACAAUAUCGGCAUUCUGUGCUACGAAGGUGAAGCUGCUCUCAGGGGAGAACCCAGAAUGCAGACCCUGCCGGUGGCCUCUGCCCUCAGCAGUCACCGCACCGGCCCUCCCCCAAUCAGCCCCAGCAAGAGGAAGUUCAGCAUGGAGCCAGGUGACGAGGACCUAGACUGUGACAACGACCACGUCUCCAAGAUGAGUCGCAUCUUCAACCCCCAUCUGAACAAGACUGCCAAUGGAGACUGCCGCAAAGACCCCCGGGAGCGGAGCCGCAGCCCCAUCGAGCGCGCUGUGGCCCCCACCAUGAGCCUGCACGGCAGCCACCUGUACACCUCCCUCCCCAGCCUUGGCCUGGAGCAGCCCCUCGCACUGACCAAGAACAGCCUGGACGCCAGCAGGCCAGCCGGCCUCUCGCCCACACUGACUCCGGGGGAGCGGCAGCAGAACCGGCCCUCCGUGAUCACCUGUGCCUCGGCUGGCGCCCGCAACUGCAACCUCUCGCACUGCCCCAUCGCGCACAGCGGCUGUGCCGCGCCCGGGCCUGCCAGCUACCGGAGGCCACCAAGCGCUGCCACCACCUGUGACCCCGUGGUGGAGGAGCAUUUCCGCAGGAGCCUGGGCAAGAAUUACAAGGAGCCCGAGCCGGCACCCAACUCCGUGUCCAUCACGGGCUCCGUGGACGACCACUUUGCCAAAGCUCUGGGUGACACGUGGCUCCAGAUCAAAGCGGCCAAGGACGGAGCAUCCAGCAGCCCUGAGUCCGCCUCUCGCAGGGGCCAGCCCGCCAGCCCCUCUGCCCACAUGGUCAGCCACAGUCACUCCCCCUCUGUGGUCUCCUGAAGGGAGCGCCGCCUCCAACAACACGUGGAUCUGCAUGGUUUGCCUGAGCUUUGAACAAUUUGUCUGUAAAAGUGCAGGAACAGUUAUUCUAUGAGAACACUGCAUCUGCAUUCAUAGCCACGAGUUUGUUAUUGCUACAGGCUACUGAGCGUCGUAACAGGAAAACCACCCACUGCUGACCGGCUCGGUGGAGGACACUCCUGGGACAGGUCUCUUUGUCAGUGAACAAGGGCGUCACUCUGGGAGGGGUCGGCGGUGCUGGCGGCCGGGUCCCUGGUGCACUGACCUAUCUGGGAUAGGCAGUACCCUGGAGGGGGGCCUGGGGCAGAGGAGGCAGCAGAAAACCAAACAUUUCACUGAGAAAGAGCCCCCUCCCUGCUCUAAGAAGGGGCUCCGUGAAGUUCUUCCCAGAGCCGCGCUGCCUGCAGUGCGCUCUGACCUUCUCUUCAUGUGUGUAAAUCUGUAAUAUACCAUUCUCUGUGGCCUGUUUUUCCUGGAAGAAGAAAAAAAAAGGUUUGGCAGGCCAUCUUUUUUUGUACUUAAAAGUAGCCUUAAGAACAAUAAUAAAGUGCUCUUAAACCA